GUUAAACGUUCAAUUAUCAAGAUACCAAGAACGACUUCGUAGUAAUGCACCGACUUUGACUGUGGAGGGUAAUGUGUUCAAACCAAAUGAAAAAUAUGAUGGGUUCGAAUCAAUACUGACAGCAAGCUUGAGUCAAAGGCAUGAAUCAAAUGAAGAAGACGGACACACAUAUAGAAUAUCUGAAGAUGGAUCUCAUGCUGAGAGAGUAGUGGACCUGUCUGGACUGUUGAGUGCCCAAGCACUAGCGCCUUUAUUCGACGCCUACCAAGAAAAUCUACAGGAAAAAGACAAUCUAAUUUUGGACUACGAAAAACAAUUCGAAAACAUGAAUAAGAAAUCCAAGCAAAUUGUUGAAGAGAACAAAGCUUUAAAUGAAAAAGUGAGUGUUCUAGAAGAGGAACUGGUGGGAGUGAGACAGAGAUAUAAGAAGAUAGUGGUGGAGAAAGAGACAAACGAUAUAGAAAGAGCUACGUUGUUGGAGAGGGCGGAGCGAGCAGAGUUCAAGUUGAAGGAAGUGUAUGAGUUGUAUGAAGGGAAAAUGGCAGCCAUGCUCCGUGACUACGAAACGGUCCACAGAGAGUACUUCACAGUAAAGUCCGCUCUAGAAGCUUCCACCGGCAAGAUGGCGGCGCUCGACGCUCUACGAGUCUCUACUGUGCCUGCAGAUUUGCAUGAGAGACGCCUCGAUGACUGUAAAAGACUGCUAGAAGAACUAAAACACCAAUACUCAAUGGAUACAGAACGUAAGAACGAACAAAUAAAGAAAUUAGAAGAAGAAUUACACAAAACAGACGAAAAAUAUAAGAAGAUUUGUGAAGAGAAUGUAAUCGUUAAAGAAGAAUUACGCGCAGCAUUAAAAAACGUCAGAUUAUAUAGAAAGGCAGCAGUGGUGUUCCGUCACAGGGCGCGGUCGGCGGCUGCCAGAGCGACUCGCGCGAGAAGGAAGAAAACGCAAAAUGAACCGCUACGGAAAGCGUUGGAAGCCCUGGAAAGGAUCAAGAUGGAAAUUAAGAUAGUCAAAUCCCGGGCACACACGUCUCUAGAAGAGCUAGAGCGUCGUAUAGUGGAGCAGGAGCGACGCGCGGCGCACGCGCAGGCGGAGUGCCGCAGGGAACUGGAGCGGGCGUCCCUCGCGUUGGAGCACAAGGAGGGCAUCAUACGCAGCCUCAUCGACAAGGUGGCUGAUGUGGAGGAGGUCAGACUUAGCCAAACAAACACACAUCGUCUUCAAGGCAUAGUUUCUGACUCGUCAGACAGUUCACCAAAAAACCUGGAUAAGAAGGAGAGGUCCAAUGUGAAGUUUGUACCAGGCCCAGCCAGUGGAGUGGUCGCUACAAGUAUGUAUAGAGGAGCAGCUUUAAUACUUUUACUGUUAGGAUAUUGUCAAGCGCAAGAUCUUGGUUGUGACUUUGUACAAAAUGUCUUCGUAGGCAGAACAUAUUACAUCUAUAGUCCAAACUAUCCCAACAGCUAUAAUCGAGGGAUAACGUGUCGAUGGAUAGCGACAUGCCCCGUCGGUUACAAUUGCAGAUUGAACUGCAUCGACAUUAAUUUGCCUCAGACUUCAUCAUGUUCAGGAGAUCGUCUGCUGAUAUCGAGGAGUGGAGACCCACAGCUCACUUCAGCGGAAACUUAUUGCGGUCGCGGCACUUUGAACACAGUUUCUACUGGACGAACCAUUAGUGUGGGUCUAAUCACAACUCAAUUUAGUACUGGGGGCAGAUUUAUGUGUGAGUUGACAGCAGUGUUGCAAUCUCCGCCCAGUUCAUGCUCCUGUGGAUAUCAGUCUGUGAAUCGAAUUGUUGGCGGAGAACCAACUAGGCCACACGAGUUUCCAAUGAUGGCCGGUAUUGUUUACGAAGAAGAGAGCGCCAUUAAAUGUGGUGGGGUAAUCAUUUCUGCAAAUUAUGUGGUCACCGCAGCACACUGCGUGGUGUCGAAAAAUAGAAACGAAUUAGCGGUUGUUGUGGGAGCCCACGACACCAGUGCAGGAGCUGACGCUUCAGCGACGCAAGCUUUCAGAGUUGCAUCAUUUUUAGUACAUCCGCAAUAUACACCUUCGAAUUACGACUAUGAUAUAGCGAUAGUGAGAUUAGCAGGGCAAAUAAGAUUUUCGGCUCUGGUUGGUCCUGUCUGCUUACCGUUUAGGUUCCGCAACGAUGAUUUCACUGGGUCUCCAGUUACUAUUAUAGGUUGGGGUACUUUAAUGCCGGGAGGUCCUACAUCUCCAGUUUUGCGUAAGGUGGAUGUUAAUGUUAUCAGCCAGGAAACAUGUCGCAACAUCAUGGGGUCUAUUACACCACGCCAAAUGUGCACUUACGCAAGAGGAAAGGACUCUUGUCAGGAUGAUUCUGGAGGUCCUCUCUUAUACCGUGAUCUUUCAAACGGGUUGCUUUACUACGCCGGUAUAGUGAGCUACGGGACAUUUUGUGCAUCAACUACCCCGAGCGUAAACACUCGCGUUACGGCUCUGUUAGACUGGAUAGUGGCCAAUGCACCUGAUGACUAUUGCAUUAAA